AUGGCCGCAAGCGUGCCCUCGCAAGGCUCGUCAGCCGAUCGCAAAGAUGAGGAGGUUCUACCAGACGCUCCGCCAGCGGAGAGCACCUCCGAAGAUAAGACCGAUGCACCCGACAAUGCAGCAGCAGGCGUAAAAUUAGAAGACCUGUUCAAUGACGACGACGAUGAUGAAGAAUACCCAGCUUCUAGCGCUCCAGUUGCUCAGAAUCAGGACACGAUGCAGACAGACGCCGUCCCUGCUCCCGGUCCAGAGGUUGACACAGACACCAUGCUCGCAUUCUACCAACGCCUCUUUCCAUUCCGCUACCUGUUCCAAUGGCUUAAUCACGGAAUUGUUCCUUCACUCGAUUUCGGCAAUCGCGAAUUCGCCCUCACACUCCAGAACGACGCCUACCUCCGCUACCAAUCAUAUGCAACGGCAGAUCUCUUUCGCAAGGAUAUCAUCCGGAUGAACCCGUCUCGAUUCGAAAUCGGACCUGUCUACAACACCAACCCCCGAGAUCGCAAGACGCUCCGCGGCGGCCAGUUGAAGCCUAUCUCCAAGGAACUCGUCUUCGAUAUUGAUCUGACGGAUUACGAUGACAUCCGCUCCUGCUGUACGAAAGCCAACAUCUGCGGCAAAUGCUGGGCAUUUGUGACCAUGGCGAUCAAGGUCGUCGAUACGGCCCUCCGCGACGACUUCGGCUUCGAGCACAUCCUCUGGGUAUACUCCGGUCGCCGCGGUGCGCACGCCUGGGUGUGCGACCCCCGCGCGCGCAGCCUGCCGGACGACCGACGCCGGGCCAUCGCCGGGUACCUGGACGUGGUGCGGGGCGGCAACAGCAGCGGCAAGCGGGUGAACCUGAAGCGACCGCUGCACCCGCACAUGGCGCGCAGCCUCGACAUCCUGAAAUCCCACUUCGCGCAGACGACGCUGGUCGACCAGGACACCUUCCUCGGCCCCGAGCAGGCGCAGCGCCUGCUGGCCCUCCUGCCGGACAAAGGGCUGAACGAGUCGCUGCGCAAGAAGUGGGAGUCCUCGCCCGACCGCACCAGCGCCAAGAAGUGGGCCGACAUCGACGCCCUCGCCAAGACGGGCAAGAGCAGCACCCUGAACCCGACCACGCUCCGCGACGCCAAGCAGGACAUCGUGCUGGAGUACACUUACCCCCGGCUGGACUCCGAGGUCAGCAAGAAGAUGAUCCACUUGCUCAAGAGCCCGUUCGUCAUCCACCCGGGCACGGGCCGCGUGUGUGUCCCCAUCGACGCCCGCAAGGCAGAGCAGUUCGACCCCCUCUCGGUGCCGACGGUGACGCAGCUGCUCGCCGAGAUCGAUGCAUGGGAUGCGGAGCAUCCGAGCACCAAUGCCGGACUGGAGGCGGCCGAGGGCGAGGGUAGUGUCGCGGACUCGGACGCGAGGGGAAGCCGCAGAGUACAGGAUUAUGAGAAGACGAGCCUGAAACCAUACAUCGACUACUUCCGCUCCUUCAUCGCCGGUCUUCUCAAGGAAGAGCGUGGUGGCAAACGGGAACGGAAUGAGGACGUUGAGGAGACAAAGCCUGAGAGUAUGGAGUUCUAGGCUUCUGAGUUUCGCCUCCUAGGUGAAUGGCGGUCUUUAUGGUUUUAAUUCUCUCAAGCCCUAGCCUGGGUAGCAUUAUUUUUGGGUAUGAUCUUGGAGCGAUUUGGGAGUAUGUCCUUUGAAAGUGAAUAUUUCAGGCGUUCGAAGAAGGGUCACGGGGCCUUUCCCCUGUGUUUUGUGUAAAUAUUGUGAUGGUUCUUACUCUUCUAUUCAUUUCCGACUGCAGACUGAGCUCAAUAAGUGGUUAUGAGAAUCAAUACGAAUCAACAUGAGCCAUGUUUCCAGUCAAAAU